AUGGACCUAGUACCAAUACCCUCUCCUCCAGAUUCUUUGGAUGAUAUAGAUGAUCACGAGCCAUUGGCUCAGCAAGCGACACUGAUCUACGCGUCGUACGGGUCGUUCAUGGGAUGGCCCGCGCCGACCCUGCUCAUCCUCGAGUCUGAGGACUCGCCCGUCCCGUUGACGGCCGACGAGGGCUCGUGGCUGGCGUCCAUCAACUCGCUCACCAUGCUGGUCGGCAUAUUCGCCGCCGGGUUCGCCGUGGACCGCGUGGGCCGGAAGAAGCUGCUGCUGGCCGGCGCCGUGCCCCUCCUCGUCUGGUGGCUGAUGGUCGCCUUCGCCGACUCCUUCGGCAUGCUGCUAGCCGCCAGGUCAAUCGGCAGCCUCAGUGGCGGACUCAUCAACACCGUGAUGCCCAUGUACCUGUCUGAAAUUGCCGACGCCGACAUACGGGGCACAAUCAUAACUGUUCACAAUGUGCUGACGGAUACUGGCAGUUUGUUGAUCUACUGCCUCGGCCCUUACCUAUCUAUUACGAAUGCCGCUGCUAUUUGUGCAACCUUACCCGUUAUUUUUUUCAUCACCUUUGUAUGGAUGCCCGAAUCACCGUACUUCCUCUUAAUGCGACGCACGGAACAAGACGCCGUCAAUACACUUCAGAAGAUAAAGGGAAAUCUCAGCCCCGAGGAGCUAAAGGCGGAACUGGACAUGAUGCAUGACAGCAUACGGCGGAAGCAAGAAACGAAAGGAAAGCUUAAAGACCUGCUGACCAUACCAGUGCAUCGUCGGACACUGCUCGUAACGUUAGGUUUCAUUAUACUGCAAAUGUCCACCGGCGCUAUAGCGCUGUCGACUUACACGAACACAAUAUACAAAAUGAGCGGCAGUGAACUCGAUCCGAACUUGUCCUCUAUUAUGCAGAUCUCUGUCCAGCUCUUGUCGAGCGUCGGGGCGUCAUUAGUGAUUGACAGGUUCGGUCGGAAGACGCUCGUCAUGGUGUCUCUGGUAACCUGCGGCGUCUGCCUCGCUGUUGAGGGCGCCUACUUCUACGUCAACGACGUCCGAGGAGACGUCCCUUCCGCCUUCGCCUGGGUGCCACUCGCUGCCAUGAUUGGCUUCAAUGUCUCCUUCAGUUUCGGCGCAGGUUCAGUCCUCUACCCGAUAAUAGGCGAGAUAUACCACGUCUCUGUGAAGGGCGCCGCCACACCCAUCAACACGACAGUGAUAGCGCUGUACGGCUUCUUCCUGAAGAAGAUGUUCCAGGUGGUGUCGGACAGCGUGGGCGCCUAUUGGUCCUUCUGGGCCUUCUCCGUGCUGUGUGUGUGCGGCGCUGUGUACACCUACUUCCUGCUGCCCGAGACCAAGGGCAAGACGUUCGCGCAGAUCAACCAGGAGAUGGACGCUCGAUUCGGCGGAAGUAGUCGACAACUCACUGCUGAUCUCGGAAAUGAGGAACCUGAGUACUCAAGACGGAGUGAAGAUGAUGUGCUCUGGAACGUCAUCGGAGACGAUGGAGAAAGAGAAAAUGAAUUUAUUUCUGAUGUAGACUUCUCCGAGGAUACAACGUCGCUGGCAUACGCCUCCCACGGGUCCUUCUCGGGCUGGUCCGGUACGACUGUUCCAAUCCUUCAGUCCGAGGAUUCGCCAAUUCCACUCACCGCAGACGAGGGCUCGUGGCUCGCGUCCGUCAACUCGCUGACCAUGCCGGUGUCCAUAUUCGCCACCGGCUACCUCGUCGACGUGCUGGGGCGGAAGAAACUGCUGCUACUCAGCGCUGUCCCGCUCCUCGCCUGGUGGCUGAUGGUCGCUUUUGCAGACUCCUUCGGGAUGCUGCUCGCCGGCAGAAUCGUCGGGAGCCUGGGCGGCGGUAUCGUCCUCACGGUGAUACCCAUGUACCUCGGCGAGAUCGCCGACACCGACAUACGGGGCACGUCGGUAGCAAUCCACUCAGUGCUGCUGCAGGGCGGUAGUCUCUUCAGUUACUGCAUAGGGCCCUACGUGUCUGUUACGACCGCAGCCAUUAUCUGCUGUUCUCUUCCCAUCUUUUUCGUCAUCACCUUCAUCUGGAUGCCAGAAUCUCCGUAUUUCUUCCUGAUUCGCAACAGGGAACAAGAAGCGGUAAAGUCCCUCACAAGACUGAAGGGACAACUAGAUCCACAGGAGCUGGACUCAGAACUGGUGGAAAUGCGCAAGACCCUACGUCGCAAGCAAGAAACUAAAGGGAAGCUGAAAGACGUGUUGGUCGUACCUGUGCAUCGCAGAACGUUACUUUUAAUGGUAGGUUUCAUUGUCUUGCGCAUGUCCAGUGGAUCGGUGGCGUUUUCGGCCUAUACGACGCAAAUAUUUGAGAGAAGCGGAAGCGGCCUCGACGCCGACAUAUCUUCCAUCGUUCUCGUGUCCGUCCAGUUGCUGGCGAGCCUGGGGGCGUCGCUCAUUAUCGACCGCAUUGGCCGCCGGACGCUCUGCAUUGUGUCGUUUGUGCUGUGCUCCGUCUGCCUGGCCGCCGAGGGGGCCUACUUCUACCUGGACGAGUCGCAGGGCGACGUGGACGCCGCGCUGGACUGGGUGCCGCUCGCCGCGAUGAUUGGCUACCACUUUUCCUACGAUAUUGGCGCUGGAGCGGUGCUGUAUCCGUUAAUCGGAGAGAUAUACCAUUUGUCCGUCAAAGCAGUGGCCACGUCCAUCAACACCACCAUCGUGUCACUGUACGGCUUCUUCCUGAAGAAGAUGUUUCAGGUGGUGUCGGACAGCGUGGGCGCCUAUUGGUCCUUCUGGGGCUUCGCCGUGCUCAACCUGUGCGCUACACUUUACACGUAUUUUCUGAUGCCUGAGACCAAAGGCAAAACUUUCGCACAGAUUAAUGAAGAAAUGGACGCUCGUGUCAACAGGCGAACUGCCAAAGUUCCCACUCAUACUGAGAAGUCAGCUCUCGGAUAA